UUACAAUGCGUAUAACAGAUAUAGAUUUUUGUUUACGUGUACUCAAUUUGAUCGACUAAAUGACAUCUGUAGACCGGAUGAAUUGACUUGACUUUUACACACGUGUUAAUUUUAUACAUGAGUGCCAACGCGAUAUUGCGUUUAAUAUACCUACAGAAUUUUCUAGUAUAUUAGAUUGACACUUAAAAUUAAACAUUUGAAUAUUAUGUUUUAAGUUUUUCAUCAAUUGGAAGUUAUCAUUGAUAGGACUUUUAUUUUUUCUACGAAUUUUAUGAAACGUAGCAACGAAAGGAUAAUAAGUGUUAAACAAAAUUAGAUUUAAAAGAAAUAUAAAAUUUUAUAAUCACUGACAUUGAGAGGAACUUCGACAAAAUUUAGAUUUAUAACAAAUCAAAUGUUCAGAUAAAACAUUUUUUCUAACAUUUCUGUUGAAAAAAGGAUUGGGAUUCCGAUUUAAAAUGAUGAAAAAAGUUGUAGUUCCGAUGGUAGAGGACGUCCCAACGUCAGGAUUUCUAACACGUUUCUUGAUUUACACAGCAGUUGUGUCUUUUAUUGCAGCAGUAAAAUGGUUAAUGGAUGAUGUGAAACUAUUUGAACAUCAAAGAGCUAUUCAGUUAGAUGCGAUUAAAUCAUUACAAAAGUCCAAUAUGAAAUAUGAUCAUAAAUAUAAACUUACAGAGACGAUGGUAAAAGAUAUAUUCAGGGUUUUAGAAGAGUCGAAGAACAAUCUAACAGAAUUUGGUUUCGUACCAGGUGAUCCAUUUCCCGAGAACGAAACUGUCAGAGACGCAAUGUCAAAUGUGUUUGAGAAUACAGCGAUGUUUGGUGAUUUAAUACUACGGCUACCCGAUAUUACACAUGACAUAUAUGAUAAAAAUAAACACUGGGAAUUCCUGAUAGGAUGGGCAGUAUGGUUCUCUAUGGAAUCUGGAGUUUUUCAAGGACCUCAUGAACAGCUGUUGUCUCUAAUGUCAAUGGAACUAGGACUAAUUCCAAAAGAUGAAUCAUUUGUAAAUCCAUACCAGGAGAUGGAAAUUCUUAAGGAGAUGGAGGAAGCAGAGAAAGAAUUAGAAGAAAAACAGAAUAAAGAGAAAUCAGACAAAUCCAAGAAGAAGAAAACACAGAAUUCAAAACCGAAAAGAAAAGGUCCGAAAUUGAGUGGUGGACACCAUACAGAAUUGUGAUAGAAACUUUAAAGUAAAUCAAUUUAAAACAGGCUAAUUUAUGUACAAGAUAUCCCAUUGAUUAUUAACUGUUACAGAGCCAGAUUAAUUUUACAGUUGCCAUAUAAUUAUGAUAUUUAUUUGAAAAACUUUGACUUUUUGAUUAUAUAUUUGCCCCUAUUUGAUUCCUUAAAGGCAUAGAAACUUGUUUGACCCCUUUAAGUCAAAGAAAGCCACAAGAUAUGAUAAUUUUUUGCAAACAUACAUUUUUUUUCUGAAACUCUCUUAUGUGGACCCCUUUAGAACUUGGUUAAAAGUCUGGAUUGUAUAGGAUUCCAGGAUAUGGAGUGUAUAAAGCUUAUAAGUAUUAAACACGUAUUUGUUAAUUAAACGUUCUUUUUAGUGCUUAUCAGUACACAUGGUACUGUCAUAUACAACAUUAGCUAUUCUCAUGUAAAACAGACAAGAAAAGACUGUUUUUAUAUCAUAUAAAGUGGCCACUCUCUACAGCCAUCAAUUUUUUUUUUGGACCAGACAAUUUCUGAUCACUAUGGGAUUUAUUGAAACUUCAUAGAAGACUUCUCUACCAAGACCAGGUGUCAAUAUUAGUUUAACAGCAUGCCUGUAUAAUUAUUCUUCUGCUGUACUGGUUUCCUAGCAGUUUCCGGCCAAAAAUCGCACUUUUUAACAAAUAAAAUCAAAAUCAGUCUACGGAGGGGUGCAAAACUGAGACAGGACAAAGUUAGGUACCUGUCCAGCAUUGCCAUAUGUUUGAUGUUGCACUUUCAUUUUACUUUUU